UGAAACGUCUCCGGAUGGAUAAACUCACCCUCAUAUCUCUCCGUCUACAGCACAGUACAGCACAGCUCACUUACUCACCGGCACCACUCUCCUACAUGCACACGUUAUAGACCAACUUCUCUUCUAAGGUCGGUUUCUGCUCGGUAAAAAAAUCGUGUUUUUUUAAUUCACUUUUUUGUUGUGGGUUUUUUUUGAACGUUAACCGUCGAGUCGAAGCUAACUAACUGAAACAAACGGCUGGUUGGAACUAGCCGGAGUCUUUCAAAAGUAAACAACCACUGUAGAAUGUUAUGUUAACGUGUUUCAUUAACUGUGCGGAGUUUUUUUUAUGUUACCGUCGGAUCGAAGCCAACUAACUGAAACAAACGGCUGUCUGGAGCUAACCGGAGUCUUUCAAAAGUAAACAACAGCCAACUGUAACAUGUUAAAUUGAUAUAUAUUUUUUAAAACAACAAAAACUGGCAGCGUUAAUAGUACUUAGUGUGUUAGGUUAGUGUUUACCGUCUUUACUACCGGGUCUGAUAUAUAUAUAUACAUAUAUAUUACCGGAGCUAUCAGAGGAAGAUGUCUCGGAGGCGGCUGGACAGUCGCAGCGGACUCGCCGCCGGCUUGCUCGGUGAGAUUCAGACACCAAUCUGCACCGAAUCCAUGGAGAGUGUGUAUGACGUCACCGGAGAGCUGGGGAGGGGGAAGUUCGCGGUGGUGAAGCGCUGUGUGGAGAAGGCCACGGGCAAAGUGUUCGCCGCCAAGUUCCUGCGAAAGAGGAGGCGAGGUCGCGACUGCCGGGCCGACGUCAUCCACGAGAUGGCUGUGCUGGAGGCGACGUGCAACAGCACCCGGGUGGUCAACCUGCACGCCGCCUACGAGACGGAUCACGACAUCGUCCUAGUGCUGGAAUACGCUGCAGGCGGAGAGAUAUUUGACCACUGCGUGUCCGACGAGCUGCUGCCAGAAGUCCAGAUCACCCGUCUGAUCAGGCAAACGCUGGAGGGAGUCCACUACCUCCACCAGAGCAACCUGGUGCACUUAGACUUGAAGCCGCAGAAUAUCCUCCUGACCAGCCUGUCUCCUCCCGGGGACAUAAAGAUCGUAGACUUUGGUCUGGCGCGCAGGCUGGGCGCGGUCGGAGAGCUCAGAGAGAUUCUUGGCACACCUGAGUAUGUGGCUCCAGAAAUUCUCAAUUAUGAGCCGAUCACAACAGCGACGGACCUGUGGAGCGUGGGUGUCAUCGCCUACAUGCUGGUGACGGGCGAGUCUCCGUUCGCCGGCGACGACAAACAGGAGACGUACCUGAACGUGUCCCAGGUCAACGUGGACUACAGCAGGGAAGCCUUCUCCAGGGUUUCUGAGCUGGCCGUCGACUUCAUCCGCAAGCUGCUGGUCAAAACGCCCGAGGAUCGACCCAGCGCUGCAGACUGUAUGAGUCACCCCUGGCUGUGGCAGCAUCAGUUCUGUCUGAGCCCAGAAAUGGCCGCGACCGCCGCCGCCACCCGUCGCAGGACCAGCGGCACCAAGUGGGCCGCUCCCCCCGAAGACCGCGAAGACAAGGAGAACAUCCUGGACUCUCCUCACUCUCACGCUAAAAGGUUUCGCUUCGACGAGGAGACGUUCGCCGCUGGAGACGGUGACAUGUAAAAAAACAACAACAACCAAACAUGAGACAGAAGAAGGAGAGGAAGCAACAACUUCUUCCUCUGAGCUUUUUUUUCUUUUUAAAGAACACAAACCGGCUGUUCACUUCACUGCCCCCCCCCCUCUCCCCCGAAAGUACUUAUUUAUACCCCCCCUCUUAAUUCAUCAAUUACAACAUCGAUCACUUAAAACCAAAGAUAACCAGCUACACUUUAAUCACUGACGAGCCGUCGCUGUUAAAAUGUGUAAAAAGUCACCUUAAAGUUUAACCCUUAAGUAUUUAAUAUGAUCUCUGGUAUCAAAGGGCUGCUCACACACUCUCUACUUACUCUGUGCUCAUGAAGGGAAAUCUAUGCAACACUCUACGCGCUUCAUAAGGACAAAAAAAAAAAAAAAAAAAGUCUUUUGCCUUGCCUUUUUAAAAAAAAACAAACAGCCGGAAGUUCAGCCUUGAGUCUCAGCAGUGCUGGUUUAUUAUGUAGUCGACUCGUUGCUUCAGCAGAAAUAUGUGAUACUCAGAUAAGCUACCUGCAAUGAGGAAGUAUGACAGCGUCCUUUUUAUUUGCAUGUGAGAGAGAAUUCAGGUCAGCAGCAUUAAGGAGAAGCAGGUUUUUGUCUUUCGUGCCGCUGCUCUGCACUUUUCCACUUUACAACAACCAGCAAGCAUAUUACUGUACAUUCCUUCAUAUACAUAUAUGUCUAUAUAUAUAUAUAUGUAUAUGUAUAUGUAUGUAUAAAUGCCUUUUAUUCAAAUCUGCAAGAUGUUUUGAGGGUUUAAAUUUAGCUCAGGGUUUUUAGAUAAAGCUCUUUUUGUGUUCUUUUCUAUAGCGCGUUCCCCCGUCUGCACAUUUAGUGUUCAAAUCAGGUGAGUUUAGUGUCAGGAUAGCUCUAUUUUUUUCUAGAAACAGCUUUCAUAAGGAUUUAAAAAAAAAACAAUAAAUAGCAAUAACAAUAAAUAAAUGAACGUUAUAAUGAGUGUAACUGCCUGCCGGUGGGUUCAGGGGCAUUCCUGUCGAGUAAGUAAACCAGAAACUUGAAACGGCAACAGCUCAGAGAAAGAAAAAAAAAAAAGCAACCCGGUGAGUCAUGCAGCUGUUCACAUGCCACACCCCGCACUUACUCAAAUCAUUUCCUCUCCGAAGCUGCGAGUUCCUCCUCCGGCAGAAGUUUAAAAGA